AUGGAUUCAAAGACGGUAAAAGUUGAUAAGGCUCAUGCAGUUUGUAUUCCAUGCCCAAGUCAAAGCCACAUAAAGGCCUUGCUUCAAUUUGCAAAGCUUCUCCACAGCAAAGGUUUUCACAUAACCUUUGUCAACACAGAAUUCAACCAUCGACGUUUUCUGAAAUCUAGAGGCCCCAAGUCCUUAGAUGGCUUGCCUGACUUCCAAUUCAAAACAAUUCCAGACAGCCUUCCUCCAUCGAAUCCCAAUGCUACCCAAGACGCUGAUGCUCUUUGUGAAUCCAUUAUGGAAAACUUCUUGGCUCCAUUUUCAAACAUCCUCCUCAAACUCAACACUGCAAUUAAUGCUUCAAACAAUAAUCCUCCAGUCACUUGCAUUAUUGCAGAUGGUUUCAUGCCAUUCACCCACACUGCCGCUCGAGAGCUUGGAAUCCCCAUUGUAAUGCUCUUCACCGUCUCUGCUUGCAGCUUAAUGGCUUUUAUGCAGGUUCCUUCUCUCAGGGAGAAAGGCCUCAUACCCCUUAACGAUGAGAGUUAUCUGACAAAUGAGUACCAAGACACAGUUCUAGACUGGAUUCCAGGUAUGAGAGAUAUUCAAUUGAGAGAUCUCCCAACUGUUAUUCGUACUACAGAUCCAAAUAACCCUUCCUUCAAAAUGGUUAGUCAAACAGUAGAGAUAGCUCCCAAAGCUUCAGGAAUCGUUGUUCACACAUUUGACGCGUUAGAGCAGGAAGUUUUGGAUGCUCUCUCCCCAAUGUUUCCUUGUGUAUAUGCCAUUGGCCCUCAGCAACUACUACUUAAUCACUCACACAUUAAUGACCCUCUAAAAUCAAUUGGGUAUAGUUUGUGGAAAGAAGAAAAUGAGUGCCUUAAUUGGCUCAACUCUAAGGCACCAAACUCAGUGAUCUAUGUGAACUUUGGUAGCAUAACUGUCAUGACACAACAGCUGUUAGUUGAGAUUGGUUGGGGACUUGCAAAUAGCAAGUUCAUGUUUUUAUGGAUAAUUAGGCCUGAUUCAAUUGUUGGUGAUUCAGCGAUUUUGCCACCUGAGUUCGUGGAAGAAAUUAAAGGAAGCGGACUAAUAUCUAGUUGGUGCCCUCAAGAGGAAGUGCUUAACCACUCCUCCAUUGGACGGUUCUUAACUCACUGCGGGUGGAAUUCAAUUAUUGAAAGCAUUUGUGCAGGAGUGCCUAUGAUUUGUUGUCCAUUCUAUGGGGAUCAGCCAACAAAUUGCAAGUAUGCUUGCAAUGAAUGGGGCAUUGGCAUGGAGAUUGAUAAUGGUGCCAAGAGAGGGGAAGUGGAGAAGAUUGUGAGAGAGUUGAUGGAGGGCAACAAGGGUAAGAAAAUGAAGAAAAAGGUCAUGGAGUUAAAAAAAUUAGCCGAAGAGGCCACUGGUCCACAUGGGUCUUCAUCCAUCAACUUAGACAAGUUGGUGAAUGAUGUUCUUUUGUCAAAAGGAUAG